AUGGGGAAGGAACCCGUGGAUAAAGCGGUACGCCGCAAAUGGGCAGACUAUCGUAUAUCUGACGGGCACAAGCUUACCUAUCCCAACCCUGAUGCGCAUGAAGUAGCAACAUUGAUGGAAAACAAAAGACCGGAGGAGGUGGUGGAGGCUCUGACAUCAAUUCAAAAGAUCUCAUUUUGGCGUGACUGGGCCUGCGAUUUGCACAGGGCAAUGGCAUCAUAUUACUUGGAGCAAAAUACACCGGAAGUGAUCCUAACUGCGUGGCUGGAUUUGGAUUUGAAACCAAGGGACCUUUACGAUGACCUUGGCUUCAGUAAGGAAGCAGGAGGAGUGCGUGACUCGCCAGAAGCUGCGUUGAUGUUCUAUAAGUACGCCGAGCUGCACAGAGAAGAGGGGAGGGACUACGCGUUGAGCGCUGAUGAAACGGUGGCGCAUAUGUUUCGCAACCUAACUCCCGAAGAAGCUAGUGAUUUUCUGGAAACAACGAGCCAAUUUGUGGAGCCGGGGGAAUUGGACGAGCUAAAGCAUGAGCUUCAUAAGCUCGAUCUGGUUUCGCGAGCUUGGAACAUGCAUUUGGGCGAUAAUAAGCGACAGAGGAUCGGGAGUCUUUGA